AUCCCUAAGCGCAACAUUCACCAAACUGGAGGAAAAGUUUUCUAGAAUAUUCACGUCAUUGUUUACACACAGAGCAAUUUUACGAGCGGACGCUUCAGUCUUUAGACGUCACCCGACUGCAAAAAGACUGUAAAAAGAAGAAACGUGAUGAAAUACACGUACGCGAGUACAUUUAUGUGACGGACCACUUGGUGCGUAGCUGUUUUAUUUCCGGGUGUGUAUGUGAGUGUGUGCGUGUAGCUCCGUUUAGCUAGCUACCGUUAGUUAGUCUACAGCCGUAGGUGUGUCACUCCAACGUUACUUACCACCGAGCGCUUAAGUACAAAGUAGCCAUUUAUGCAUCGUACCUGAGAGGAAGCUCCUUGACGAGGGAGAGAAUGGCGGCAGCGUUACUGUCUGAGACGGAGAUCCAGCACCGCUCUAUGGCGGAAGAGGACCCGAACGGGAACGAGCACGGCGCGGCCGCCCGCAGUAGCGCACCCCGCUGGGGACCGCAGCACGCCGGGGCCCGCCAGCUCGCCCAGCUCUACUCCCCCGUAUAUGCACUCAUGGAAACGGUAUGUGUGCUGUUUCUAGGAAAACGGCUACAGGAGUGGGUCUGUGUAAUUUUGUGCCUGUCACUGUUCGUGGUCAACUUCUUCUUCCUCGUCAUCAACUUCUCCACAGUGCCCAUCUACAGAAUCAUUUUUGGCAUUGUGGCCGGUAUCUUGACUGCAGACUUUGCCUCUGGAGUGGUACAUUGGGGAGCUGACACCUGGGGCUCCGUGGACAUCCCUGUCAUUGGGAAGGCGUUUAUCCGUCCGUUCCGGGAGCACCACAUCGACCCUACAGCCAUCACGCGGCAUGACUUCAUUGAGACUAAUGGAGAUAACUGCAUGAUCACCAUCCUGCCUCUCGCCCACAUGGCCUACAAGUUCCUGUCCUACACACCAGAUGCCCUUGCCGAGUCCUACCCCUGCGACUGUUUUGUGUUUGCGCUGGCCGUCUUUGUGACGAUGACCAAUCAGAUCCACAAGUGGUCGCACUCCUACUUCGACCUGCCACGAUGGGUCACUCUGCUGCAAGACUGCCACCUAGUGCUGCCUCGCAAACACCAUCGUAUCCACCAUGUGUCCCCUCAUGAGACCUACUACUGCAUUACUACAGGCUGGCUGAACUACCCUCUGGACCGGAUAGGCUUUUGGAGGAGGAUGGAGUGGUUGGUUGAAAAGCUAACAGGACAGAAGCCACGCUGUGAUGACAUGGCUUGGGCCAAAAAGACCGAGUGAGACAAUAACUGGACUGCAGCACAGUCAUCCCUUGCUCCUCUCCUCCUCUGAGCUGAGGGGGAGCCUCUUGGAGGGAGAAAAGCAGAAUAUAGGCCUUACCUCUGACCCCUAAUCCACCCUUAAUCCCCUCUUCCUUUCUAUUCAUCGCUGCUGAGGCCUUCACCUGUCUCUAAGGUCUGCAACACACAAGCUGUCUCUGCCUCCUCCAUGUGUCAUCUGAUGGUUUUCAUUCACACUCCCUCAUACAUCUAGCAGAAAGAGAAAGCUGAAUUUAAGGCGUGUGUCUAGCACAGGGGUGGGCAAUCUUAUCUGGAAAGGGCCUGUGUGGGUGCAGGUUUUCACUCCAACCAAGCAGGAGCCACACCUGAUUCCACCUGUUUAAUCAGUUGAUCUUGGCUUUCAAUAGACUCCGGUGUGGCUUCUGCUUGGUUGGAAUGAAAACCUGCACCCACACCGCCCUUUAUCGAUAAGAUUGGACCCCCCUGAGGCACAGCACUAACAUUAGUGAUUAAUAGUUGAUUAACAGAAUUUUGUACUAAUUCUCCCGCUCUCUGCUUGUCGUAGUGGCUUUCAUGUAUCAGAAAUGUUCAUCCUCUGGAGGUUGGGCUCUCCAGGGGCCAGGAAUCUAUUUUUUAUCGCAUUUGCUUGCCAUCUGAUUUGGGGUCAGUCAAGUAUGGGUUUUUAGUAUCCGCACUCCAGUUUAUCCAGAGACACAGCUUAAACAACGUUCUGCUUUCCUUUAGAUGUCACAUGUCCUCCGUAUUUGUCUGAAGACGAUGUCUGCGAGUUUAAAUAGAAGGAAGCGAGUUUUGUUGGUCAGUCGUGUGAUCUGUGAAUGUAUUCCAUGUCUAUAUAUACCACAGACCUGAUUGCAGGACAUGAGCACGGAAGACCUCUGAAUGAGGAUGCCUGAUUAGUUUUUGGACUAGUUUUAACAGUCCAGCUCAUAUUUAUUUAAAAAAAAAAAAACAAACGAACAAAAAAAAAAAACUGAAUCUUGCAAGCUUGCAUUGGUUUCGAGCAGUGAAUUCACAGCAGCACUGCUGAGACAGAACCAGACCGGCAGCAGAGCUCUUUAGAUUAUCCUUAGUUCUGCACGCACAGUCAUAACUGGUUCUUGAAUCCACAAAGCAGAACAAGGCACAAGCUUCAUGUUGGUUGGUACCAAGCUAAUUCUGACUAAUCCUACUGUAUUUAAAAACACUCCGUGUUUCCGCCUAAUCUCUAUCCACUGCAUACGGUAGCGUAUGCAGGUGCAACAGACUUCAGCAUGUUUCCCUGUACUGAGAAGAUCUAAAACUUUAUUAACACACUUUAAUUGUGUGAAGAAACAUAUAAAAUAUGUGACAGCUUAAAGGAAAGCUGUUCGAUUUUAACAAUACAUUUCUUUAAGCUGUUCUCAUCCAAGAAGCGAUAUAAUAAAGUCCUUCCACUUUCUUACACUUCCAAAUGUUGUGUGGUAAACGUGAGGAAUCCGAUUUUACUCUUGUGGCUUAGAAAAAGGUCCGUUUAAAUAUAUUAACAUGCUUUAUUUGGGUCUUCACACUGUAUUUAAACUGUACACACUUCACACUGUAUUUAUCUAAUGAUAUUUAAUCAAAUUAAUUGGAGAUUAAAAACAACCAAAUAUUUUCCUACCUUCACCCUUGUCCAAAGACUGUCUUGAUGUUGGUGAGUAAGAAAACAAGUCAUAAGCACAUCUGUUACAGCUAUACACCUCGUCUGUCAUUAUUAUGGCUGCACUAGUUGUGUUUGUUCCUUCUCUCUAUGGCUUUGUGUUUUGAAAUUUUUUUUUACUAAGUGGUCAGCUUUGUAUUUAUUCAUACUGUCCAUCUUGCAGCUAAUGCUUGCUGCUAGUCUGCCUUAAAUCAACGUUUUUAUUAACUGUUUGGUUUAAUAAAGAUCUAGUAAGAUACAUUUUACCUUUUUUGUGGAGUUUUUUUUUUUCAUUGCUGGUUUUAAAUGCUUUGUACUUUUUCCUUUCAGAACUUUUCUUGAAUUUAAGUAUGAGUCAUAAAUAAUUGCGACUUCAUUUAGAACAAAGAAUAAUGAAAGCAAUAACAGGAAAGCUGCAAUAUUCUGAGAGGUGCUUGGCAGUGAGUCAUGGCCCCCCUGUUAUUUAUUUCACAACUGAUUGAUUAGACCUUUUGCAAUUUUGGUUUAGAAGUGUGUUACUCAACUCAACGGCUGCUUAAUCCUGAGCCACUUAAGCAGAAGAAUAAAGUAGAUGUAAGACUAAUGACCUCAUGGCUCCCUCCAGUGGUUGAAUGGUGUAUACAUAAAGCAUAAAUCCAUAUUUGAGUCUGGCUUUAGUCAGAUCUCAGACACUAUACAAAUAUUUUACACUUUUUGAAAGUGAUAUUUAAAAAAAAAUGAACUAAAAUUAAAUGGACAUGAAGUAAAAUUUACAUUUUGCACUGUGUUUGAGACAUCAGGACAGUCAUAGAACAGCAUCCAUUUUAAAGAUGGCUGUCAGAUAGUGAGAGAGCGGGGGGAAAAAAGCGGUCACUGUCUGUGUCCUUCAUAUGCAGGUGGAGAUCCGGGUGGAUGAUUCUGCACCUUAUCAUUUCAUUCAUUCGUUCUCUCCCUCCUCCUUUGGCCAGACUGCCGAGUACACACAAGUACUCUUAUUCUAAUUGCUUUCCCAGAAUGCAUUAGUGCAGAGAAAGAGAACAGAGGUGUCCAGGAAGAAAAUGAGUUCAACUAUAGAGACACCAGCAAAGGACAGGACAGGGCCACACACAUUCCUAGCUCUCUCCCACUUGUGUUAAAACGUACACACCCACACUUUGUGAUCUUAUACCCACAUACCAUCACUGGCCACUUAAAAAUGUGAAGGCCUGGAUCAUUUAGGCACUUAUCCAAGCAGACUGGUGGCGAUCAGUAGGGAGUCAAAAGUUUUGUUGGAUCACCUAUAUAUUAAACAAAAAAUCCCUGAAUAAAGCUUAUGCCAUUCCUUGCUACUCUAGUGCUGAUUUUUGCUUUAUACAGUGGUACUUGAAAGUUUGCGAACCUUUUAGAAUUUUCUACAUUUCUGCAUAAAUAUGAUCUAAAACAUCACAAGUCCUAAAAGUAGACAAAGAGAACCUAGUUAAAUGAGAGAAAAAUAUUAUACUUGGUCAUUUCGUUAUUGAGGAAAAUGAUCCAAUAUUACAUAUAUGUAAGUGGCAAAAGCAGCAAGUGUUUAGUUCUGCACAUCGGCUUGGAGGAAUUUUAACCCAUUCAGCUCUGGGAUGUUGGUGGGUUUCCUCACAUGAACUGCUUGUUUCACGCCCUUCCACAAGAUUUCAAAAUCACAUACACAUUCACACACUAUGGACAAUUUGGACAUGGACAAUCAACCUACCAUGCAUGGCUUUGGACUGGGGGAGGAACUUGCAAGCUCCGCGCACACACAGGGCAGCGUGGGAAUCGAACCCCCAACCCUGGAGGUGUGAGGUGAACGUGCUAACCACUAAGCCUAAUAUGACUCCCUUGGAUGCAAGGUUUACCUGACUCUAGAGGGUGUUUUUGGAAAGAGACGGCUCCAGCUUAGUUGUGUGCUCCAUGUGUUAGAUGACAUCAUCUCUGGAGUCAGAGGAGGCUGGUUUAGUGAUGAUGUGAAGAGAGGGCAACAAAACUCACUU